AUGUCAGACAACAGCCUUGAUUUGGACCUCUCUAUGUCCAUGUUCGCCUUCAACUCCCUCCUCGAUCUGUACCUGUAUCCCUAUCGGACAAAGCACAGACCCCUCAACCACUGGGUUGUGAUCCUCUCGCCUCCAGGUAAUAGUAACUGUACAUUCUACCACAUCCGCGCAGUCAAAGGUCUCUUUGACAUGGAGUACAAAAAAAUAGCAUCCCGCGAACCCAUCCCACUGCACUCACUUCCCAUCACCGCAGGUGAGGACAUGGAGAAGUAUCUAAUGGGUCGAAUCGACCAAAGUAGGCAUGGCGAGAUCAUACGUGUUCUCAAUAAGUCACUGACAGAGGCCUCGGAGACUUCGAUGCCGUGGGCUCUGACCUUUCUACACAUGUUGGAGGAGGAAAAGCUUGUUCCGGCGGGGAUGUGGAUCUUCUACGACAGGUUGCAUGGUGAGGCGGAGACUGAUUUUGCUGUAGACAAGUCCGUUGCGUUUGAGAAGUUGGUGGAGAAGAUGCAGGAUUUGGGUCUGGAUGCACGAGUGUCCAAGGAUGAGUUUGAGAAGUUGACGAUGAGGGUUCGAAAUAUUAAUUUAGUAUGA